AUGGCUUCCAAUCCUCUAACUAAAGUCGCUAGACAGCAGGAAUCAACGUGGACAGCUCUUCACAAACGCAUUUCUGAAAUGUCCUAUAACUAUUCCGAUCUCUUUGAACACCAAGUGAGACAAUUCGUCGAAAAUAAAGCCAUCGCGCUCGGUAGCUCUAUUGGAUAUUUUUCCACGUCUACACUCACAACAACAGCGUUCAUUUUGGCCAACAACGGAGCAACGAUUGAUUGUGGGACUCACCGCCAAGUACCAAAUCUCUUCACAAUGUUUGUUGGCUAUCCAGGCACUGGCAAAUAA